UUUGCAACAUGCAAAACUUGUCAAUGCUCUCCCUAAGGAGGAACCAGUUAAGUGGAGACUUCCCUCAAGCAUGGAGUCUGUGGCACAAUAUAAGGGUAGUAGAUGUGGCAGACAAUAAUCUCUCUGGCAAUAUUCCAAGUUCAAUGGGUGUCCCAAGUUCUCUUAUCAUAUUGAAGAUGAACAACAACAAUUUUGGCGGCAAAAUUCCUUCCGGUUUGAAAAAUUCAACAUCUUUGUGCAGCAUUGAUCUUGGAGGCAACAAAUGUACUGGAAGUGUUCCUCGGUGGAUUGGAUCAAACUUGUCCAUGUUGACUACUCUACGAUUGCGAUCCAACUUGUUAAGUGGACAUAUCCCCCACCAGUUGUGCUAUCUUCCCUACCUUCACAUCCUAGACCUUGGUGAUAACAACUUUUCAGGGACAAUUCCCAAGUGUUUGAAGAAUUUGACUGCUCUGACCGUUUUUCCAUACAAUAAUUAUACCAUGCCUACAUAUUAUGAUGUUCAAACCUCGGUUGUGUCUAAAGGAAGUGAACUCGUUUAUUACAGGACUGCUUUGGAAUGGGUAUAUAGCAUUGAUCUUUCAUCAAAUAAUUUAGAAGGUGAAAUCCCUGAAGAAAUAACCAGCCUCAUGUCAUUAGGGACCUUGAACUUGUCAAGAAAUCAAUUAAGGGGAAGAAUUCCCCCAAAGAUUGGAAAUUUACGAUGGUUGGAAACUCUUGACCUCUCACACAAUCACCUUUGUGGACAAAUUCCUCAGAGUUUCUCCUCAUUGACAUUCUUGUCUCACGUGAACUUGUCUUAUAACAACUUGACUGGAAGAAUUCCUUUGGGCAACCAACUCCAGACGCUCAAUGACUCAUCCAUUUAUGGGGGCAAUCCAUCACUCUGUGGCCUUCCUCUUUUAACCAAGUGUCCGGGAGACGACACACCUAAUAGACUACCUUUUCCUUCUAGUGGGGCAGGAGAGAACAAAGAUGAAGGUGAUGAAGGAAUGCUUUGGUUCUAUGUCAGCAUCGUGCUCGGCUUCAUUGUAGGCUUCUGGGGUGUUUGUGGCACAUUACUCAUAAAGAAGUCAUGGAGGUAUGCCUAUUUUCGAUUCUUUGAUAACAUCAAAGAUAAGGUAGCGUUAGCAAUUGCAUUGAAAGUUAGUCGUCUGCAAAACAAAUUUUGAUUGGGAAAAAAACAUUUCAU